UAGCCGUGGAGAGUGAGAGAGAGAGAGAGAGAGAGAGAGCGAGCGCGCGCGCGACUGAGAGAUAGAGAUACAAACAGCGAGGGAGUGAGAGAGAGCGGAGGGAAAAAGCGAGAAAAACAAGGAGUCGGGAGAAGAAACGAGGAGAUAAAAAGUCGAUAAAAGCAGAUUGAGAGGAGGCUCCGGACGAGCGGCUGCUGCGCAUCAAAGGAGGGACUCUACUGGGGACCUUAUUGGAAACCAGCGCCAACAAACCCCGACUCCGGAGGCGGAUUAUAACGGUGACACUCCAGAGCUCCUCUGCCCUCCCGGGGAUUCAGCGAGACAGGCGGAUCUGUGUGCGCGACCAUGGCCUUCCCAUCAGCGUCCUCAGUAUUAUGGAGUGUCAGCUUAUUGACGGCACUAUUUGCAGCCGUGGUCCACAGCAACAUCCUCUACGACGACGACCCCUUGCAGCCGGUGACCUCCGAUGAAACGGUGUCCGUGGGGGGCACCGUGACGCUGACCUGCCGGGUGACCGAGAACGACAACUCGUCCCUGCAGUGGUCCAACACUGCACAGCAGACCCUGUACUUCGGGGGGAAGAGAGCGCUGAGAGACAACCGCAUCCAGCUGCACCGCUCCACACCCACUGAACUCUCCAUCACCAUCUCCGACGUGCAGCUGUCCGACGAGGGCGAGUACACCUGCUCCAUCUUCACCAUGCCGGUGCGCACGGCCCGGGCCACCGUCACCGUGCUGGGUGUGCCCGGCAAACCUCAGAUCUCGGGCUUUGACAAUGCAGUGCAGGAAGGGGGCAAAGUCACCUUGACCUGUACCAGUACUGGCAGCAAACCUCCCGCCAAGCUGCGUUGGUACAGCGGGGACAAGGAGCUGGAAGGGCGUCCCGACGUGGUGGAGUCCGUUCCCGACGAGCCCACGUACAACGUGAGCAGCGAGCUCAGCUUCACGGUGGGUCGCCACGACGACAACAGCGUCAUCACCUGCGCCGUGGACCACCCGUCGCUCGGCACCGGGGACAAGAGGAGCGAGCAUCCUCUGCGAGUGCUGUUCUCGCCGGAGGUGGAGAUCCAGCCCGAGAGCGACCUGCCGCGAGAGGGGGAGAAGUUCCACCUCCACUGUGUGGGCAACGGGAACCCAGAGCCCAGCGCCUACAUAUGGGAGAAGAAGGAUGGAGAGCUCCCCCCUCUGUCCAAAGUGGACGGUGCGUAUCUGCGCUUCGAGAUGCUCAACAAAUCAGAUAAUGGCGUCUACAUCUGCCACGCAGACAACGGCAUCGGGAACGGCCAGGGGGAGUACACGCUGCAGGUGCAAGACCCCACGGCCAUGUCGCCGUCCUCCGGCGUGGACCACGCGGUGAUCGGAGGCGUGGUGGCUGUCAUCGUCUUCAUCCUGCUCUGCCUCCUCAUCGUCCUCGGCAGAUACCUCAUCAGACACAAAGGAACGUAUCUGACCCACGAGGCCAAGGGCUCGGACGACGCCCCGGACGCAGACACGGCCAUCAUCAACGCAGAGGGAGGCCACUCCGGGGCAGAGGAUAAGAAGGAGUACUUCAUCUAGGUGCGGUCGGAGCGUAGGAAGGCAGCGGGAGGAGGAGGAGGAGGAGGAGGAGGAGGAGGAGGAGGAGGAGGAGGAAGAGGAGGACGAGGAAGAGGAGGAUUGAAGGAAAAAAACUCCUUUUUUUCAUGUUCUUCAGUUCUUCGCUGGUUUGGAGGGAUGAAGGGGGGGGGGGGGGGGGGGGGGGGGGGGGGGGGGACUGUGGGCAGGACAAAGCGUUGGGCCGGGCUUCGCACCCUCUGCGUUGAUACAGGGAAGUGAGAUUUUGCACUGACGCAUGGACGGGCUGAAGUCACACACACACACACACACACACACACACACACACACACACACACACACACACACACACACACACACACACACACACACACACACACACGCGCGCGCUCACGCGGGGGCGGGUUUCCAACGCUCGUAGACGCUUAGAUUAACACACGCCGGCCUCCUACUAACCCACACCUCCAGGUCACGGCGCCAUCCGCAGGCAUCAGAUCCCGCCCCUCGUCGCCGGCGCCUCAGAAAAGGAAAAUUGUAACUCACAUUCCGGCACCUGGAGCCGACGCGUCGCUCCUCCUCCACGUCACGACCACGCUCCUCGGGUCCCUCGCGUCGUUGCCCUCGUCCCCUCCAUCGGACCCGGCGGCAUCCGGCUGUUUAACACCGUAGUGGCAGCAAAGUCCAUGCAAAGCGCAUCAGCACUGACCGACACACGCUCCCUCUCUGUCACGUUCAUGGUUUUAAGCCAUUCACACUCUCCCUGCGUCCCCACUCUCAAUUUCCCACAAUGCAGCACCACGCAACAUGCAACUCUCAUGCAAAAAUAGCAUUCCUGCCUUGUGCUACCAAGCCAAGGGGCUCCAGUAUACAUAUUAUAAAUAUAUAUAUAUAAAUAUAUAUAUAAUUAUAUAGCAUUCUUUUUACUUGACAGAAAACGUUUGGUGUGCUGUAAAUACACUUUCUCUCUCUCUUGCUACUUUCUGUCUCCUCCUCCGUGCUCUCUCUCUCUCUCUCUCUCUCUCUCUCUCUCUCUCUCUCUCUCUCUCCAUCUCCUGUAUCUCACCCAGUGUUACUGCACCACAGUAACGUAUAUACUCCAAAAAAAAAAAAAAAAGAAGCCUGCCUGUUUUUACUACAUGCGUGGAACUGCAGAGUCAAAAGUAUCAAUAUCUGGGGUAAAACGUGAAAAUAACAAUGAUGAUGUUGCGAUGAAAACUAACCUUAACUGCAAAUAUUUGUAUGAGGAAUGUUUUCCUUCCUUGUUUAUCCUUUAGGUUUUUGUUGUCCAGUUUUGAAACUUACGGGAGCUUUUCUCUCAUCCGUAUCUCAGUGUGUUACUGUCAGUGUUAACGGUUUACAGUGUCUGUCGGUUUGUCCGUCCAGGAGUCCAUAAAGUUCUGUGUGAUGAGUUUGAGGUUUAGUAUUUGGAUGCUGUUCAUCCCCCCCCCCCCCCCCCCCCCCCCCCCCCCCCACACACACACAACUGUAGCAGCUUCAGAGUGUGUUUCCUGCAGCACUACUGCCUGGUGUUCGUGCUCGCGGGUCCUCUUCCCACUCGACGCCGCUCGUAUCUGCCGUCCGUCCUCCCUGCGGCCGACCGCGUGUCCUAAAAACCCGUUCGGCGGCGACGUGCGCUGCUUCGGGGAGGUGAAAACCCUUGCGUGCGUUCCACCGUGGAGCCGAACACGACUGCCUACAUGCGUAGUGACAAACGUCCGGGCAAAGAACCCUUUCUGCUACUCUUUCCUUCCUGUGUGUGUGAGCGUGUGUGCGUGCGUGCGCGCGCGCGUGUGUGUGUGCGCGCGUGUGUGUGUGCGUGUGCGCGUGUGCGUGUGUCCGUGUCAUUGUGAGUACAGUAGGAAUCGUUCACCAACUUAGCUAAAGGUUCCUCUAAAUGAGCUGUGUUUUUAUUAAGGCUGGGGGUUCGCCUUGGCACCGGCCAGCUCCACUUGGCCCGCUCGUGGAAAUUGAUUGCAAUCUAACUAAGAGGCCCCGGGCUCUGCAGACUGUACACGUGCCAAGGCUGGGCUUCGUGGGCCGCGAGCCCGGCUGAAGCCUGGGCUGCAGAAAGUGGUUCAGGAAUUCCAACGCCCUCCGCUCCACUCGUCUGCUUCCCUCCACCCUUUAAUCAAUCACCCCGUCUGCGUCCUCAUCCACCCUCACCCGCGUUCACCUCCCCUCAUCGCUCCUUCCCCUCCUCCUCCGCUGAUCGAUGUCAGACUCUCCGCUGCUGUCGCCAGUCUACCUGUAGACAUUCACGUCUGUAGUUUAAGAAAACCUUCUUUGGGAACGUUCAGGGACUGUGUUUUUUGUACCUUUCCCCCACCUGGUCUUUAGCUGCUUUCUAGCCCCGUGUCUAUAAGCUAACUACACUACAAAGGUAACCUGAAGCAGGGUCAGCUGAUCUGUCUCCUCCCCAGUCGCUUUACUGACCCUGAAGUAAACUCACUGUAAUCGGUGCCUGAAUUUUGUCUGGACGCGCACCAGAAAUCUUCAAACAAACCCAGAUCAACGUUGUGCGCUGUUGUGCGCUGUUGUGCGCACGCCGCUAUUUAUUGCAUGUUUGCUCUGAAAUAGCCUCUUUCACGUCGUCUGCAGACGAGACACUGGGCCUUGUCUCGGAGAGCUUAUUGUCCACUUUGAACGGGAGCCUCGGAUUUGUAUUGAAGCCCAGUCUGGUUCUGCUCUGUGAAUGGAUGAAGGGAAACCUGCCUCAUACUCAACAAGGUGUAGUGUCUUUAAAAACUAAUGGACCUGUAUUUUGCCUGUAGUUCAUCGUCCGUCUGUCCGUCUUAGUCGAUGUGCUAGCAUGUAGCUUGCAUGAGAAACAGCUGGAACUGUAGAUAGCGUUGGAGAGGAGUGCCAACAAGCCGCUCUCCUGAGACAAGAAGCUCCCGCUGCUCUCCGAUCUGCAAACGUAGGCCGCGUCCCAGGACUCCGCCUCCGCCGUGAUGACGAGCUGUCACCAGAUGCCGACAGAUGCAGCCUCUCGCGCCCCCCCUCGGUCGCAGUGAGCAGUCCGGCCCCACCGCUCCAUCGCCUCCUCAGGCAGUCGCACACUAGCUGCCAAUCAUCCCUUUAGUUCUUUUGUAGUUCAAAUUUUUUUUUUUUAUUAUGUUUUGUAAAAGGUGUGCAUAAUCUUAAAAUUAUUACUUUCAAUCAAUUGAUAAUCAUUUUCUUUUUCUUUUUAAUUAGACUUUCCAAAACUUGAAGGUUAGAAAUUUAGCUUUGCGUAUUUUAUUAUUUCAGCAGGCAUUUUUAUAUAAUUUCAUGUAUAUAGUGUUGCCUUUACUCGGUACUCCCCCACACACUUCGGCUACACACGCAUCCACACACAUAUAUCUGGAUAUGCACGGCAGGCGUGACGUCUGUGACUAUAGUGUAUUUGUACAUAUGUGUGUGUGUGUGUGGGUUUGUGUAUGAGUGUGAGGUGUGUAUUAAUUGACCCAAACAGACUCCGGAGACACUCUUAUGCGUAUUACAUUCACAGAAAUGUUCUUAUUUUGAUGACUAAAACAAUGUCUUAUUUUGGAUGACGAGUCUUCCUCUUGAAUAAAUAUCCAUAUCACAUAAGAGUAGUGCUGUCAUGUAUGUUAAUUUGUACUAUGGCUGAUGAUGUCAUCAAGGCAGGACCCAGCCGCAUGCCGUAGUGGUGGGUUUGCGUCUGUUGGCUGUUUUGUUCAUUAAGUAUUUGUUUUAUUUGGUCUUUUGUUCAGAUACCAGUUCAGUUGUUGACUUCAAUAAAACAAGCAUUUGGGUUAAUUA